AUGAGAACUCGGGCGACAGCUUUGCGCCGGAUCGCACUGGGCAGUGGAGGGACUGGCAGGCGGGCAUAUUGCGUACAGUUGGAAGGGACAGAGAAUGCGGAUGCGAAUGCGGAUGUUGGAGGCUUGUGCGGAGUGAUAUCCAGAGAUACGGGCGCCAGACGACCCCAUUUCAGAUUUCGAGGCGGAUCCAGCUCCAGAUUUAUCCUCCCUGCUGCCCCCAUUGUCGCCGGACAGCGGAGAGGGUUGGCCACCGUGCAGAAUGUGGCAGUGAACCCAGAUGAUCGAGGCCCGUUGCAGGAGUAUGAUCACCGAGUCGAGACAGGCAGACUGCGGAACGACGAGCAUCAGAGAGGCAUCAUAGAAAGUCUCCAGCAUCUUCACGACGAGCUGCGGACCUACCAUGCUCCCCCGACCAUCCAUCCCACCAUCGAGUCCCUCAAGCCGCCCCCCACGUCCAUGCUUGGUCGUCUCUGGGGGAGCACGCCGAAGGAGCGCAAGCUCCGAGAUAUCCCCGAUGACCUACCCAGAGGGCUGUAUCUGUUCGGGGAUGUCGGCAGUGGGAAGACGAUGCUGAUGGACAUGUUCUACGAUACGCUGCCCAGUGCCGUGACGAGCAAGACGCGGAUCCAUUUCCACAACUUCAUGCAGGAUGUUCAUAGGCGCUUGCACCAGAUGAAGAUGCAGCAUGGAAACGACAUCGAUGCGGUGCCGUUUGUGGCGGCGGACAUUGCGGAAAAGGGAAAUGUGCUGUGUUUUGACGAGUUCCAAUGUACGGAUGUGGCCGAUGCUAUGAUUCUAAGAAGACUUCUCGAAGCCUUGAUGUCUCACGGCGUAGUGCUUGUCACGACAUCCAACCGCCACCCAGACGACCUCUACCGCAACGGCAUCCAGCGCGAGUCCUUCGUCCCCUGCAUAAAUCUCCUGAAGAAUAGACUGCAUGUAAUCAACCUGGACUCUCCUACGGAUUACCGUAAGAUCCCCCGCCCGCCCUCGGGCGUUUACCAUGCGCCUCUGGAUAAGCACUCCAACUCCCAUGCUGAAAAAUGGUUCCGCUUUCUCGGAGAUCCAGAGCAAGACCAACCUCGCUCAGAAACGCAGCGGGUAUGGGGGCGUGAGAUUCACGUCCCGAAGGUCAGUGGGAGAGCCGCGAUGUUCACAUUCGAUGAAUUGAUCGGACGCCCAACAAGCGCGGCCGACUACAUCGAGCUGUGUCGGAGUUACGAUGCUUUUGUCGUAACAGGCGUUCCUGGCAUGACACAUCGCGAACGUGAUCUUGCCCGGAGGUUUAUCACGUUCAUCGACGCCGUGUACGAGUCCCGCGCCAAACUCGUGCUUACUACCGCAGUUCCUCUGACGCAACUUUUUCUAUCCAAAGAUGAGCUCGAGAACUCGGUGAAGAAAGAUGCGGAGGACAAGAAGGGCCAAGUAGAGGACCUGCACGAGGAGUUGGACUCCACGAUGCGGAACCUCAUGGAUGACCUGGGCCUGAAUAUGAAGGCCCUGAAGAGCAGCAGUAUAUUCAGCGGCGAUGAGGAACGCUUUGCUUUUGCAAGGGCGUUGAGUCGGUUGAGUGAGAUGGGCAGUCAGGAGUGGGUCGAGAGAGGCAUGGGCUUGGAGAAGGAUGGCGGGAGGGCGGAGAAGGAGAGUUGGCAGAGGAUGAGGAGUAAGCAGAUGGAGGACAGCAUGUGA